AUGUCGUCCACGAGAAGGGAACGUCUGCUUCCGCAGUUACGAGAUGCUCUUGCGUGGACUGCGGUGCUACUACUACUGGGUUUACUACCCUUCGGCGCCGCGUCGACGACGGACGAUUGGAUGCGUUUGGAUUACGCCGUCUUUCCGCGACGACACGUCGACGAAGCGGCGGUGCUGGAAUGGGGACACUCGGCCAUUAUUUCCGCACUCGACGCAUCCGUCGCCUGGUUUGGUCCCCAAACCUCACAGGCGGCUCUACUUGAAGUCGAAGCCCAACCCGUAUUGGCCUCGCCCGUACACGGCGUAUCCAAUACGGUACAAGAAGCUUUGGAUGCCCUCGAAGAACAAGCGAGCGACGUUGAGACGAACGAACAGGUCGCUAAUUGGAGGAAAAUCGUCCUGGAUAAUGCCGACGAAGUCCAAGGCAACGUCGUCGUCAUGACGAAUACGGGAGACUUGUCGGGACCCCAAAUGGCCAUGCUCGCCCAAAACAGUGGCGCGGCCGCCUUCCUUCGAAACAACAGCCACCACCACGCCGCACUCGCCGCACUUAUUGACAUUCCCACCGUCAUGAUCUCCAUGAACGCCGCCAACGUACUUACCACCGCCACGGUGGAUCCCAACGCUUCCUCGCGGCGACGCGUAGUCAAUCACGGAAUGCCCGAUCGAGUCCGUUUGUACGCCGGCGGGGAUCGACCCUUCUUCGAAGACGCCCAGGCCGAAUCCCCCGCCGUGUAUCUCAUUCACAAUGUUUUGACUCGCGAGGAAUGCAAAGCCCUCCAAACGCGGGCGUCCACUCGUUUGCAGCCACUAGAGGCGAUUGCGAGUACGGCUGGUGGUACACGCAGUCCACUCCAGUACACUACCGCAUCUUCGUUGCGCGGAGACAAAAGUGGCGGUCCGUACUAUGUCGGAGACGUAUCACGCGUCGUAUUGUGGCAAGGAUUGUGGCAAAGUCAGGCCGCCAAGGCCGUGGAAGAACGCAUCGAACAAGUUACCGGAUUCCCGUCUACUCAUUACUCCGAUUGGAUCGUGGAUCGUUACGAAGCUGGUGCCUACGUCCGUCCCCACGUGGACAAUAUUUUGGCAGCCGACGGAACCGCCCCAAUAGCCGUCCUCACCGUCUUUUUGAACGAUGAUGGCGGCGACGCCGCCAUUGUCUAUCCGUCCGUACCCACCAACGCAGCGGCUCAAAAACCACUGAAAAUUCGUCCCCAGCAAGGCCUGGCCGUCGUCCAUCACGUUACGGACGAUCAUCAUCGGAUCGAUACCAACGCCGUGACGGGAGUCCUUCCGGCGUCUACCGAGCACGGUGAUGCCUAUUACCUUGCACGCAAGUACAUUUAUGCCACUCCCGUCAGUACCGCCCGCCGUCUGGUGCUUCCAGCACUGUCGUUGGUAGCAGCCGGUGGGGGAAAUCUGCCCAGCCUGGUUGUUCGACUGCACGUCGCCAUGCUGGAACAGUUUGGCGUUCCGCAGGGCAACGCAAAUUUUGACAGGGUCUGUAUCUUUGUCCCAUUGUUGCUCGUGCUACUUCUAGUGCAGUACGUGGUCAAUCGCCUUAUGAACCAACCCUCCAAGCCACCGAGCAAGUCAGCCUCCGGAACCGGGUCGAGCUCUACAAGCGCAAAUAAGAAGCGGGACAAGAAGCAAAAUUAG